CCCCUUACAUUUCUGGAUUCCUGAUGUGCCCCUCCUGAUGUCCGAUGGUUACUAUCGACGAUGAGGGUUAAUUUAGACAUUUGGUAGCGCGGAAUCUAGUACGGACACGGGGGUACACGCGUCAUCAUCAGGAACAAAAUCUAAGGCUGCUUCGUCGAAGACGCCACGUAGCGGACCAAACAAAAAGGGUUUAUCCUCGACUCUUAAAGCCCCUCCGGCGCCUUGCUCCGCUCCUCCCAUCGUCGAAGCCUUCGACCUCUCUCGCCGGAGGAGAUCGCUGUUGGAAUAUAGACGGGGACCCUCUACUUGUGUCUCUGGUGAUCUCAACGAUGAUCCCUUUGUGGUCGAUUCGGUGGAUCCUUUUGGAGACGAGAGGCGAAAUGGCGGGUGCUGGUGACUGUUGAAUGAGCUCUCUCGAUCGUAGCCUUUUUCUUGUGUUUCGUGGGGAAAAAAUAGUUUUUGGGGGUUUGUAGAGUUGGAUUGAUCUCGAAUUUGGCGCAUGUCUGCCUCGAUUUUGUGUUUCGUGUUGUGAUUUUUGGUCUGGGGUUUAGUAGUGGGAGGAGAUGGAGUGGCAGUGACGGUGCGAGGAGGAGGGAAGGAGGUGUUCGGAUUGGGGUCGCGCCAGCGAUGCUGUUCCAGAUGAAGAUCCAGCCGGUCGACGCGAGUGGAUCGGUGGCUUUCGCGCCAAGGAGCGACCCGGGGAAGCCCGCGGCCAAGUCGCGGUUGAAGCGCCUCUUCGAGCGGCAGUUCCCCAGCGUCCUGAGGAACCCCGCGGCGGAGAAAGUCGCCGGCGCUGGGGACUGCAGGGAAAAGGAGAGGGACGACGGCGGCGGCGACGUCGAGCCCAGCUCGGUGUUCUUGGACACGAUGGUGUUCAGCUUCACCGAGGAGGGGCACCACGAUAAGCCGCCGCGGGGCCGCUGCAACUGCUUCAACGCCAACUUCGACGACAGCUCCGACGACGACUUCGAUGCCCGCGACGGCGACGCUCCCGGCUCCGCCGCUGCCCCCGGGGACGCGGCCGAGGCGAUCAAGGGUUUGGUGCUCUGCGCGAGCAUGGCGGAGAGAAAUCUCUUGGCGGACGCAUCGAAGAUCCUGGAGAAGGCGAAGAACUCGAAGAACAAGGGCGACUGGCGAAGGAUGGUGGCUGACGGGCUUCGGUCCCUCGGCUACGAUGUGGCCGUUUGCAGAUCUAGAUGGGAUCAAAGUCCCUCCUUUCCGGCCGGGGAACACGAGUACAUCGACGUGGUCGUCGAAGGAGGUGACCGCCUCCUGGUGGACGUCGACUUCAGGUCGGAGUUCGAGGUCGCGCGGCCCACCAAGUCAUACCGCGCGGUCCUCCAGCACCUGCCGUCGGUGUUCGUAGGGCGGUCCGACCGGCUGCAGCAGAUCGUCGCCCUCGCCUCGGAGGCGGCGCGGCAGAGCCUGAAGAAGAAGGGCCUUCACGUGCCGCCAUGGAGGCGGCCGGAGUACAUGAAGGCCAAGUGGCUCUCCCCCUACCACCGGACGACCGCCACGGAAGUCACGGAAGAGUCGGUAAGCAGAGUGGCGCAGAGCGGCCGCGGAAGUAGCAAUAACACCAUCCCCUGCUCGAUCUCGGCCAUCGAUUUUUCUGGCGUGUCCGAGCAAUCCACCAAUGCGGCGGGGACAGGUGACGACAUCCCCGACGCAGCAGCAAGGGAGAGGAUGGAGGUGGUGGUCUCGCCAUGGCGGCCACCGCCGGUGAGGCCGAAGGCCGGGGUUAAGGUCGUCACCGGCCUUGCCUUGGUCCUGUAGUACCAAAUUUUGUCUUCUUAUUCCGCUAAUUUUGUUCACCGAGUGAGAUAUGUCUGCUGUCAUCUUGCCUUCUUUGCUCUGCUGUAAGAAUCCGUAGGGAGCCGAGAAGAGGAACUCCACCUCUGUUCUUCCGAGUACUAAUAUCCCAAUGCAAUUUAAUAUCUGUCUUCCUUAA